AUGAGCAGUCAUAUUAGACGAUUGCAGUAUCAAAGAAAACAGCAAACGCAAACGCAAUUCCAGGGGCUGAAUAUUUCACACGAUGGCUUUUUGUCUUUGGGUCGUACUCCGAAUUACGAAUCACCAAUUCCAUCCAUCGCCAACUCUCACCUUGAUGGCAUCAGUACCCGUGUUCGACCGACACCAGGUUCAGUUGUGUCUUUUGAUCAGCGAAGUUACAGUCGACCGGUGUUUGAAGGCAGCAUCAUAAGUUUUAACCCUUCCUCAACUGUUGCCAGUAGAUCACUACUAGGAAGGCCUUCGCUUUAUGCUAAAAGCAGCCUCUAUCGCUCAAGAAGUCUCGGUGCAUCUAAGGCCUCUUUGGCGACAAUUCACAGCGGAAGGUCAACAAUUCAGGCUGAGCAUCACGAUCGAAAGGUUCAGCUCCUCAUCAAUGCAGUAGAUUUUCGUCGGGCAAAGAAGCCUUACUUCUGGUCAGUCUUCUUCUUUACUCUCUUCCUUUUCACGCUGUUUUUGGGACUCCUAAUCAUCUGUCUUCGACACGUCUACAUGAAUCUUAUUCUCUCAGUCGAUAUUGGAGAAUCUAUUGGACCACUCCUUUGCGGACUCUCUUUUCUCUUCCUUGGAGCUGGAUUCAAAUUCCUUUACGAUGCUUACCAGACUGGAGCCAAGGAAAGGAUGAAGAUUAAAUAUGUUCCGGACAGUGCAUACACCGUUGCAGUCAAGGCCUCUGCUCCACCUGCAGUUGAUACAACGGAAGAACUGGUGAGUGGAAAGACAACCGAUAAGGCAUUGACACGGGCUCCAAUUGAAACAAGAACGGUGAAUGCUUCAGUCAUGCCAUUUUGA